AUGCGGCCCGCAAGCUCCCUGGUGCUGCCGGCCUUGGCCGUGAGCCAAGCAGCCCUCGCUUCCUCGCUGAGGGACGUCAAGCACAUUGUCCUGUUCAUGCAGGAGAACCGCGCAUUUGACCACUACUUUGGCACCAUGUCUGGUGUGCGAGGCUUCGCCGACCCCAACGUCCAGGUCAACCUAGACGGACGCUCCGUGUUUGAGCAGCCCAUCAACCCGCCCGUCAACGGCGUCGACAUACUGAAGCCCUGGCACAUCAACCAGCUGGGCGGAGAAUGGAACGAAGCCACCCAGUGCAUGGGCGCCGGCGACAACGGCUGGCAGGCCAUGCACGCGGCCUACAACGGCGGCCUGGGCAACAACUGGACCCGCGCCGACAGCGGCUACAGCCUGGGCUACUUCACCCGUCAGGAUCUGCCGACGCACUUCGACAUUGCCGAGGGCUGGACCAUCCUCGACAUGUCUACGCAGAGCGUCUUGGCGGCCACGGACCCGAACCGCAUCAUGUGGAUGAGCGGCUCCAUCAACAUCCCCGGUUCUCCGUCCAACCCGGACGGCAAGGGAGGCCUGAUCAUCGACAACACGGCCACGCCUGGCUGCGAGGCGCCGCGCAUAAACUGCUUCCCCUUUGUGUGGAAGACGUUCCCGGAAUACCUCGAAGACGCCGGCGUGUCUUGGCAGGUCUGGCAGGACCUGGACAACUUCGAGGACAACAUGCUGGCCUACUUUGAGCAGUACCAGCGGGCGCCCAACGGCUCGGCGCUGCGUGAAAAAGGCAACUCGUACCCCGGGCUGGACAGCUUCUACGCCCACGCCGCCAAGGGAACCCUGCCACAGGUCAGCUGGAUCGUCGGACCCCAGGAGCUGGCGGAGCAUCCCCCAAACAUGCCUGUCGAUGGCGCGUGGCUCCAGAAAAAAGUCGUCGACGCCAUCACCAGCAGCCCGGCUUACAAUGAAACGGUCCUGAUCAUCAGCUACGAUGAGCAAGGAGGCUGGGCGGACCACGUGGUCCCCAAGGUCCCCAAAAAGGGCACGCCAGGAGAGUAUCUCGAUGACCCGUACAAGCAAUACGGCAACGUCCCCGUAGGGCCAGGGUGGCGAACACCGCGCUACAUCAUCUCGCCGUGGACCCGCGGCGGAAACGUCUUCACCGAGGCCGCCGACCACACCUCGGACAUCAUGUUUGUCGAGGAGUGGGCGGCCGCCAAUGGCUACCGGAACGUCCGCAGCAAAGAGCUGACGAAAUGGCGCCGCGAUCACAUGUCCAACCUCGUCAACGCCUUUGACUUUACAAAGCCCAAUUACUCGGUACCCGACAUUGCAAAGACGCGCACCCCCGAGAGACUUCCGGACGACCCGGAUGAUUACUCGGGCAACCUGACGCUCGGCUCCUUGACGGGGCCGUGGGUGGGCCCGGCCAAGUGCCUCUCGGACCACAGGGCAACGCGGCCGCCGAUCCCGUACGGGCCGGGAAACGCAAACCAGAACAUGAGCAGCCUGGUCGAGGAGGGUUUCAAGCGCGUUCGCGGCCAGCUGACCGAAGGCCGGUUCCUGACCUUUGAGAUUGGCGGCCAGGCCCUUACCAACAGCAACGGCCGCUUCGUCGACAUUGCCAACGCCACGGAGCGCCACGACGACAUCAGGCAGCGCUGGGUCAUCAACGCCGUCGACUGGUCACCCAACACCUUCUACAUCCAGUCCGCCGUCGACAAGAAGUACAUUUCCGGCCUGCCCGACGCGGGUGGCCUGACGCGGAACUACUACCUGGCCCAGGCCUUUAACAUAGACUACAACCCGUACGGCGCCACCUACAGCCUCAGCAUCGACAACGACGGCAGAAGCAAGAAUCGCUUCGUCACCAUGAAAGCCCAGAGGCCCUUGACCUUGAACAGGUCGCCGGUUGAUUGGGACGGCCCUGGUUCAGACUGGUUCGAGAUUUUCAGCGUCUCCUACCACUGA